ACAUCUUUUAACCAAAGCAAAUUCUAUUUUCAAGUUUUCUAGCGCAGCAAUAUCUCUCCAACAAUGGCAGAUCAAGAGAGCCAGGUCUGGCCCAUAGCGCCCGGGAAGCUACACCGCAGAAGCGACGACGAUCCCACCUUCAAAGCCAUACGCCGAGAGAGAACCAAUAAGUGCUUUGUCUAUGUAUUCACCGGGAUCGUCCUCUUCAGCAUCGCCAUCUUGGUUUUCGCGCUGCUCGUUCUCCGAGUCAAGUCGCCGGAGAUCAGGUUGAGAUCCGUCGUCGUGAAGAGUCUCAAGUACACGUCUUCGCCGCCUACGUUUAACACAUCUUUGUCUGCGCAUAUGUCUGUGAAGAACCCGAACUUCGGCGACUAUGAGUUUGUGCCGACCACGGUGAGUUUCUUGUACGGAGGAAGCAAAGUUGGGAGCACGAAAGUAGCGAAGGGGCAAGCCAAACUGAAGAAGACGGAGAGCCUGAGUUUUGGGCCGGUUGAUUUAAGGUCCAACAGGCUGCCGGAGGGGGCUAAUACUUUGGCUGGUGAUAUAAAUUCCGGGAUGUUGAAGCUGGCCGUCGCCGGCAAAGUGAGUGGUAAAGUGACUUUGUGGAAAAUUAUAAACAGGAGGAAGACGGGCAAGAUGGAUUGCACCAUGACGCUUGUUUUGAAGAGUAAGACGAUCAAGGAUUUGAGGUGCAGAUAAUAGCUGGCUAGAGUGUUUUUAUUUGAUUAUUGUGUAACAUGAUGCUGGAUAUUUGGUUCUGUAUAAUGUGAGAUCUAGUUUCUAGCUAUUCUUUCAAUCAUUGAUUUGUUUGUAAAAUCUUAGUAGUACCUAGCUAGCUAGAAAACUUUGGUUAUAGUUAUGUUUUACACUUUCACUUAAAUUGUUUCAGUUUUUGAAUAUACGAAUA